ACAUAAUUUAUUUAAUCAUAUUAAAAUGUCACAAUAUGGUAAAGCAGAAUAUUGGGAAGAGAGAUACACUAGGUAUAAUAAAAAUUAAUAAUAAUUUAGAGAUCCUGAACCUUUUGAUUGGUAUUAAAGAUUUACAGGAAUAAAGGAUCUUGUUUAAGGUUGUUUUACUCCUGAAAGUAAACUUCUAAAUGUAGGUGCAGGAAAUUCAAGUAAAUAUUUAGUUAUAAGAAAAAUGUUAGGGUUGAGUGAGGAAAUGUUUGAUGAAGGAUAUUAGAACAUUACAAAUAUUGAUAUAUCUCAUGUUGUUACAAAGGCAAUGUAAGAGAAGUACAAAGAUAAAGGACCAAAUUUUAAAUGUAUAAAUAGUUUUAAAUCAAGAUCUUCAUAUGGAUGCCAGAGCUAUGGAAUUUGAAGAUGGAUCAUUCGAUGGAGCAAUUGAUAAAGGAACUCUUGAUGCCAUAUUAGUAAGCAUUAUAAUCUAUCUAAGUGUGGUGAAUCAUCAUCAUCUAAUGCUUAAAAAGUGAUUUAAGAAGUUCAUAGAGUGUUAGGACCAAAAGGAGUAUAUUUUGCUAUUUCUUAUGGUUUACCUGAACAUAGACUUUAAUAUUUUGAGAAACCAGAAUAUGAUUGGUAAUAUAUAAAUUACUAUAUUGAUUAAAUAGGAAUGUAAUAGUUAAAUAGGUUCAUAAACCAACUAUUUCUACCUCUAUCGCAAUUACUAAUGAAGAUAAGGAUGCACCGAAUGUUCAUUAUAUCUAUAUAUGCACUAAAGUAUUCUUUAAAUUAUUACGAUUAUAGGGAUAACAAAAAGGAGCUAAACAAUGAAUUAUAUUUAAUCAUUAAGGA